CCUUUCCGUCCACCCGCCUCCCUACAAUUUGUUGUUUUCUGACUCGCUUCGUAUCACAAGCGCUUUAUCUAUCCUUUAUGUCGAGAUGUUCAAGGGGCAGUAUCAGUGUGCGAAGUUUCUGUUCAUUAAUUCUAUUACUUAUUAUUGUGUGCUUAAAUGUGUUUCCUUGAUGUAAACUCUACGUUUAAUAGACGGUAGCACCAGCCGAACCAUGGCAAGCAAGUGGGCUCCUGUUCUAGACAAACAGCGAUAUGCAAUCGCAAUACACAAUUUUCAGGACGAUGGGCCGAAUAGACUGAAGCUGACUGUUGGUGAGAGCGUCCAUAUUCUAGAGGAGCUGGACGACUGGUAUUAUGGCUCGUCAACGAAAAAUAAGACAGCCAAAGGGGUUUUCCCGAAGUGUUAUGUGCACAUCAUGGAGUCCUUGCCGGAAAAAAUGGGACCGACGGAAACAACCCUCAAACAGCCUCAGCUGGUCCAAGAAAUCACUAUGGUGCUUAGAGAAUGGGGCAGUAUUUGGAAACAACUCUACAUUACACAUAGUCCUAAUUUCAAAACAAUUGAGCACAAAAUGUACGAGCUGAUCCGUUUUCGUAGUCAAAUUUUAUCAGGAACACUUCCAGUAGACGAAAUGAAAGAAAUCAAGCAACUAGUCACUUCAACUAUAGAUACAGGCAAUAAAAUUUUAGGACUGGAUAUGGUUGUCCGAGAUGAGCACGGAAAUCUUUUGAAUCCAGAUAAAACUUCAACCAUAGAAUUAUAUUGGCAACAUCUGCAGGCUUCAGAAAGGAUACAAAGAGAAAUUACGGAACCAUCAAGGAAACCGAAUAAAAUAACCUCUCAAAAAUAUAGUCACACGAUUUUCAUGGCUGUUCGCAAUUUUGUCUGCAAGAUUAGUGAAGACGCAGAACUGUUAUUCACCCUCUAUGAUGCAAAGCAGCAAAAGAGUUUCACUGAAAAUUUCGUAGUACAGUGGCAUCAAGACAACGCAGCCAGUGAUAUCAAUCAUUUUUAUUACAAUUUACGUGUCUUAUUUAGUGACCUUGGGAGUCGAGAUCUCAGUCGGGAAAAAGUCUAUUUAGUUUGUUAUGUAGUUCGAGUUGGUGCCUUAGAUUCAAAUUCUAAACAUAAGUCAAUUAGCCCCUCACACUGUGUUAGACGGCCUUUCGGUGUCGCUGCUUUAGACAUCACCCUUUACUUAAUGGGCAAUUUGGACUCCGAUGAAGAUAAACGACAUUUUUUACCUUUCCUUGCUUGUGAUAAAGAUAACUUGGAUGGAACUUUAAAACGAUUGAUUUCAAUAAAAGAAUUGACGCAGAAGGAUCACAAAGGACAAGGUGUAUAUGUCAGUUUUAAACUUUUGGAUGGUGAUCUGAAGCAGGUUCGAGAAGAAAAUCCUCAUUUAGUUGUUGGUAGUGUUGCAGUCGCUAGGAAAAUGGGUUUUCCAGAAAUCAUUCUUCCAGGAGAUGUUAGGAAUGACCUUUACUUAACGUUAGUCAAUGGUGAAUUCUCAAAAGGUAGUAAAUCCACCGAUAAAAAUGUAGAAGUCACUGUUCAAGUUUGUAAUGAAAAAGGUGUGCCUAUUCAGGGUGUAAUAGUCAAAGGAGGUGGUGUCCCUCCUCAGAACGAGUACAAAUCCAUGGUCUAUUAUCAUGAAGAUAAGCCUCGGUGGAAUGAGUCGUUCAAGAUAGCUGUCCCCAUCGAGGACUUUAAACAGUGUCAUCUUAAAUUUACUUUUAAGCAUAGAUCCUCAAAUGAAACCAAAGAUAAAAGUGAAAAACCGUACGCAAUGUCUUUUGUUCCUUUGAUGCAGCCAAACGGUACAACUCUUCCCGAUACUGAACAUGAAUUACGAGUCUAUAAGAUCGAUCACAAAAAAUUUGACCCAACUGACAUAAGUUACCUAUCUCUGACUUCCAAAAAUAGUGGACUCAUAGACAACAGCAAUAAAUCGCCGACCGUAGUUGAUGGCCUGACCUUGUGCAGUAAAGACUCAUUCAUUAUUUACACGAAUGUGUGUUCCACGAAACUAACUCAAAAUGAGAAUCUCCUAGGAUUAUUAAAUUGGACUAGUCACCCUGACAGAUUAUCAGAUUCUCUCGCAGCAUUGAUGAAAGUUGACGGCGAAGAAAUUGUCAAGUUUCUACAAGAUGUCCUAGACGCUUUAUUUAACAUACUCAUGCAAAAUUCUGAUUCUGAUCUCUAUGAUAAUAUGGUGUUUGAAUGUUUGUUACACAUCAUUGGAUUGGUGUCUGAUCGCAAGUACCAGCAUUUUCAACCAGUCCUUGAUUUGUAUAUCCGAGAGAGCUUUUGUGCAACUCUUGCUUACAACAAAUUGAUGGUUGUUCUUCAGUACCUGAUUAACGACAUAGACCUAGCAGAUGGUUCAGAUAAAAACUUAUUGUUAAAAACUAUGAAGUCGAUCCAGUAUGUAAUGAAAUUCAUCAUACGGUCUCGGAUUUUGUUCUCAAAUCUUAAUGCUGGAAAAGGUCAGCAGCAGUUUGAAAUAUCUCUGAAACAGCUUCUAGAUUCACUUGUGGAAAUAAUGCGCCUCAAUACAGAUUCAGUACUUCUAGUCCAAGCAGCAUGCUUGAAAUUCCUCCCAUCAACUAUUCCAGAUGUUCUAACUGCGUUCAGUGCCUCUGACUUAAGUGAUUUCUUCAAGCAACUGAUCAAUAAAGUACCGUCAGGUCGCUUGACGAAGCAAAAAAUGAUGACGAUCAGCGAUCUCGUGCACAGUCCUUUAUUUCUGGACCCCUCGCCGCGUGCGAUCCUUUUACCCACCAUUACUAGUAAAGUAAAAGAAUUGCUAGAAGCCCGCGAUGAGAAUGACCCGAAGGUAUCCCUAACCGACUUUUUGCAUGUGAAGGCAAGGAGCAGUAUUGAGUUUCGCAAUAAAACGAAAUCUGUGGCAAAGAUCGCCAAGGUGUUGGGAGAGAUCGGGUACAAAACGGCAACCUGUGAUAGUGUGAAGGAUUUACACGAAGAACUUGAGCUGUGUGUCAAAAUUCUGAGCGAUAUCAUGAACUUAUUGUUCAAAUUGGAGUCUGUCUCAACAGCCAACGAUAUUCGAGAAAUAAUGCUGAGUAUUCUUCGGACAGUCAUUCAAACGAGUAUUGCUCUUGACAGGGAAACACCCAUGGUUGGAAACCUUGUUGCAAUAAUGCUAUCUGUGUUCAGACAAAUGUCUGCGGACCAUUUUGACAUCUAUAUAAAGCAUUUUGUCACAAGGAUAGAUAUGCUAGAUUUUCUAAUGGAAAUCCUCCUUGUCUUCAAAGAUCUAGUCUCAAGGCCAGUCUAUCCCCGAGAUUGGUGUGAAAUGAUUAUGUUGCAAAACAGUAUUAUCCUGAAGUCUCUACGAUAUUUCUCUCACACAAUCAGAGAUUACUUCUCGGUCAAUUUUGAACACCAAGCCUGGAACAAUUUCUUCCAUUGUGCUGUUGCAUUUUUAACACAACCUUAUCUCCAGUUGGAGACAUUCUCUGCGAAUAAACGAUGGCGCAUAAUCUCACGAUAUAAAGAUAUGCGAAGAGAAACAGGUUUUGAAAUUCGCUCGAUGUGGUUUAAUCUCGGUCAAAACAAAGUACAAUUUGUGCCCGGUCUGGUUGGGUCAUUCCUGGAAAUGACACUGAUCCCCGAAGCAGAACUGCGCCGCGCUACAAUCCCCAUCUUUUUUGACAUGAUGCAGUGCGAGUUCUACUCAAACCGUGAUGGACUCCUCGACUCGAAGAAGGACUCAACGCAUAUCAAGGCCAACUUCAACGAGUUUGAAAACGAGAUGAUCGCCAAGCUGGACAACCUGGUGGAAGGUGGACGGGGAGAUGAGCAGUACAAGGACUUGUUCUAUUUCAUCAUGAUGGACCUCUGUAAAAACCAUUCGACUAUGCGAGAUCUGGGCACUCGUUUUGUCAAGACAGUGACGAGGUUAAUGGAGCGGUUGCUGGAAUAUCGUUGUAUCAUCAACGAUGAAAACAAGGAGAAUCGAAUGAGCUGUACGGUCAAUCUGUUGGACUUCUACAGUGAAAUUAAUCGAAAAGAAAUGUACAUUAGGUAUGUGAACAAGCUCUGUGAUCUCCACUUGGAGUGUGACAAUUACACAGAAGCAGCUUACACGCUGCGUCUGCACUCCAAACUCCUGAGCUGGUCCGACUCAAUGCUCCCACCGCUUCUCAAGUCAAACAAGUACCCACUCUGCCAGACGCACCGCCAGCUGAAAGAUGCCAUCUAUCGAGACAUGAUCAUCUACUUCGACAAGGGUAAAAUGUGGGAAUGCGCUCUCAGCAUCUGCAAAGAGCUGGUCCAGCAGUAUGAAGAUGAAACCUACGAUUAUUUCCAGCUCUCGACCUUAUUGCGCCGCAUGUCACAGUUCUACGAUAAUAUCAUGAAGCAGCUCAGGCCUGAGCCAGAAUACUUCCGAGUCGCGUACUACGGGAGAGGGUUUCCGGUUUUCCUGCAGAACAAAGUGUUUGUUUACCGCGGGAAGGAGUAUGAGCGCCUGAGUGAUUUCAGCAGUCGAACUCUGAACCAGCUCCCAAACGCUGAGUUACUGAAUAAGUUGACGCCUCCGGGGGAGGAGAUCACCGAAUCAAAUAAUCAAUAUGUACAAAUCAACAAGGUAGAUCCUGUGAUGGACGAAAGAAAGCUUCGGCUGUCUGGAAAACAUAUCAGUGAACAAAUUCUCCGAUAUUACAGGGUAAACAAUGUCCAAAAAUUCCACUUUUCGAGACCAUUCCAUCGUGUUGACACGGCACUCCAGGAUAACACAAGCAGUGGCUCUAAUAGCUCUGGUGGUGACUCCAGUAACGUCAAUGAAUUUGCUAGUCUGUGGCUUGAAAGGACGGUUCUGGUAACCAGCUAUCCACUUCCAGGAAUUUUGCGAUGGUUUCCAGUAACGUCAACUGACACUUUCCACAUCAGUCCUUUGCGAAACGCAAUAGAAACGAUGGAACAUGCCAACAAAUCUCUGAGAGAUUUAGUUUUAGCACAUACUACUGACCCAUCAAUGCCAAUUAAUACCCUUAGCAUGAAACUCAAUGGUAUUGUAGAUGCUGCCGUCAUGGGUGGAGUCAAUAAUUACGAAAAGGCAUUUUUCAUUCCUGAAUAUAUGAAUGCACAUCCUGAAGAUGCUCCGUUGAUAUCCAAAUUGAAGGACCUAAUGGCCUGUCAGAUUCCAUUACUGGAUGUAGGAGUUAGAAUUCAUGGCCAGCGCGCUCCCAGCUCGUUGCAACCAUUCCACCAAAGACUAGAACAAUGUUUCAACGAUAUGAAAAUUCAUAUCGAGCAGACUUAUGGGAAAAAAACCUGUGAUAUUAAAUUCGAUGGACAUAAGUUACGUAGACACAACACUGGUGGGAAAAACAGUGUGAACAGUGAAAAUAGGCAUUCUCUAAAUAGUACUAGCUCUGCAGAUCUGAACCAGUCAUCACAAUCAAAACCAUCUCUAAUCUCAGCUAACUCUCUUAGUUCAAGCAUAGCACUCUUCACUAGUCCAGUUUUAGCAAAUUCGUCUCCAUCUAAAACUGAUAAAUAUGCAACUUUAGGUAAAAAGGAAAAGAAAGAAAAGAAGAUGAGGCGGAAUCGAACGACGAGUAAAGUUUCUUUGGAAAGGGACUCCUUAUCGUCAAUAAACAGUCAGCAGUCGAGUAGCACGCAGUGGUACACAAGCAACAUAGACACAGAUGCUGUUUCUGUGGCAUCCUCAAAUUUCAGCUCUCCUGUCUAUGAGCUCAGACAAGAGUUAACAUCAAAACGGCCACUCAGAUCUGAAGUAGAGAAGGAAAAAAGGUUAAGUAGACCCCUCAGCGGACAGUUUAAAAUCAACUCUAUAUCUAGUGUGUCAUUAAAUAACGGCUCAAAUAGAGACUCUAUUGCAACAACAGACUCCACUGCAAGUGAAGAAGAUUCUGUGCCUCCGCCGUUACCAGUGAAACUGCGAGAGGCGGACUAUUGCAACUUACCUGAUAUUUCUGACGGAUCUGACACAUACAAGCAUGUACCUGCUCCAAAACACUCUACUCCCGUCAAAGCAAAGCCACCACCACCAGAGCCUGUCGAAGAUUCGCUAGUUGCAGACAGUGUACCACCCCCAACUCCGCCUCCCAAACGACCGUAUUUGAAACCUCCAGUGAGUUGAUCCUCAUCCACCGAGAGACAAUCUGUCUUAGAAAGCAUAAUAAAUUAGUGACAACUUGUCUCAGCAACUGUCAAGGAUAAUUUCUCGUUUUAUGGUAGGUUUUUUAAGAACUUGAUAGAGUCAAGCGCUGUUACAGUGUCCUGCACUGUUUCGGUGCGAAGUCUCUGUCAUUUCGCUUGUCUUUUAACAGAUUGAUAAAUUAUCAAGGAGUGUACAACCUCUGCAUAUUUUGAAAUAAAUAUUUAAAAUAAGUGCCAAACAAAUUGUUCUUCUCCAAGAGUCUAUCUUAAAAUAUUUUUGUUUCAAAUUUCUUGACAUCCUUAAAAGUUAUUUUUUUUUUUAUGUCAAAAUGCCAACAAGAAAAAUGAUCAGACUUGUUGCAUUAGUUUGAGAAAAGAUGAGCAAUUUUCAAUUAUUGCAAGGUCUCUAAAUAAGCCAGAAACCAAAAUUUUGAAGUUUUACUUGUGUAAAAUAAAAAAGAUUUGAAAUGUGUUUCAAAAGAAAAACUUGUCAUUUUUUAAUGUGAGGCUCCAACAGGGACUGACGCCAUUUUAGCCUCAUCUACAACUUGCGUGUGUUACAAAAUAACAGGACUAUGAUUUUCCUUGAUUAUUAUUUUUUUUUAUCAAACUGUUUACAAUAACUACUCUUUAUUUUCCUUUCUGUUUGAUAUUUAUUAUUUUCAUCGCGCUGAAUUUUUUGCUAUAAGUUUUUUCAAUUGUUCGUGCCUCUAAAUCUCAGAAUUACAAACUUUGCCAAAAACUCCCCCCUCAAGACUGUAGUGUUUGUUUGAGAUGCAUUCCUCUCAAGAAUUAUUAAGUAGGAUCAUUCUAAUUUUUUGUAGGGAUAGUCUUUUUGUGCCUAAUGAGCGUUCUCAUUUUUCACUCAAAUAUUUUUUAAUUAUUAUCUGCAAAAAGAUUUUUAGUAUUUUCUGAUCGCUAGCAACUAUUUUUCUACUUUAAAUAUUUUCUCAUCAUUGGCAUGUAAAUUAUGUAUUAGCAUAUUUUUUGAUCAAUGGAAAUUGAUUUUAAAGAUGAGGAUUUUCGUAUUAUUUUUAUUGAAAUAUCAUUUGAAUUUAUCAAUUUUGUGGUAAACUACUGAACUAAAGUUUUUAGAUCCGACAGUUCAUUGGGAAAUAAGCGACUCAGCUAUAAGUGUGUUUACUUUUGGGAUGCAAUUCUAAACACAUGAACAAUUAUUUGAAGAUUUUAUUCUGUGAGAUUAAUUUUUAAGUGAA